CAGCCACAUGCCAAUCUCUAAGUGCCCCCAAAAGUCGGAGCACCUGUGGAAGAAGUGGGACCAGAAAGCCCAGAAGAAUGGACUUAGGCACCAGGUGUAUGCUGUCAACGGUGACCACUAUGUGGGCGAAUGGAUGGACAACAUGAAACAUGGGAAAGGAACACAGGUCUGGAAGAAGAAAGGAGCCAUCUAUGAGGGAGACUGGAAGUUUGGGAAGCGAGAUGGCUAUGGCACGCUCAGCCUUCCUGACCCAGAGACUGGAAAGUACCGGAGAGUCUACUCAGGCUGGUGGAAAGCGGAUAAGAAAUCUGGCUAUGGGAUCCAGUUUUUCGGACCCAAGGAGUAUUACGAGGGUGAGUGGUGUGGCAACCAGCGCUGCGGAUGGGGCCGCAUGUACUAUAAGAACGGUGACAUCUACGAAGGCCAAUGGUGGAACAACCAGCCCAACGGGGAGGGCAUGUUGCGUCUGAAGAACGGGAACCGCUACGAGGGCUACUGGGAACGAGGCAUGAAGAAUGGGUCUGGACGUUUCUUCCAUCUGGAUCACGGGCAGCUGUUUGAAGGCUUCUGGGUGGAUGACGUGGCCAAGUGCGGCACAAUGAUUGACUUUGGCCGUGAUGAGGCCCCUGAGCCCACCCAGUUCCCCAUUCCUAAGAUCGAACUUCUGGACUCUGAUGGUGUGCUGGAGGAAGCCUUGGCCACAUUUGAGAAGACAGAGGAAGAAGGAGACUGA